GGUUGACCCUCCUGUAUCUAGAUCUUCGUUCUUCAACUCUAAAUGCCUAAGACGAAGAAUCAACAUGAAUGGCGACGCUCAAUUUAAGUCAUUCAUGGCGAGCACCCUCACCGGUCUAGGGAUGACGAUGGAAAAGCUGGACAAAGAGCAGAAGAUUAUCAAGGACCGUCUUGCAGCUAUUGAGCUAAAACAAAAAGACCUAAAGCGAUCUUUACAAUCUUGCGAAGAAAUGGCGGAAUUAGAAAAUAAUCACGAACAUGCCCAUAAAUGGAUCGUCAAUUUAGAAAUCAGAGUGAAGCAACUGGAGGCUCAGAUUCGUGCGAGUCAGGAGAGGGCGCUGCUUUUACGAAACAGUUAUUCCAACGGCUAUAGGCUGAGAUUCAGUCGCAUUCACUUGCAACCUGGUCUCAAUUGUGUUAAUGUGAUAUCGGACCAGCUUCGGGAAAGACUUGGUUUUCCGAAUCCCAGUGAUAUGAUUGAAAGCACCAUAAGGGUGGAGCCUGAUAUCUGCCAUCGGGUGGCGUCCGCUAAGAAUCCGGCUCUCAUUGUUGUCAAGUUCAUCGGUCGAUCUGAUCGUCUUGUCGUGUUGAGGAAGAAGAAAAUCGCCGUGAAACAGGAAAGCACAUUCGCAAUGGAGGAGUUCUGCCAGGAAGAGAACAAACGGAAGCGAGAAUUGCGACAGGCUAUCGAAGAGGCGUACAUACACGGAAAACGGCCGUGCUUCACAAACGGUAAAUUGUAUAUAAACGGCGAAUUAUAUAACUAA